AUGGCGGCAAUGAAAUUUAUAGCCCUUACGUUGUGUUUCUUUUUGGGCGCAGCGGCAUCAAUAGUACCGGUGAUUCAUGCAGCCACGGAUGAUGACGUGAGCGAUGACGCCGACGCAGAUUCAGACCGAGACGUCAACCCGGCGGCGAUGCAGCUCCUCUCUCAGGCGCUGUUCAGCCGUUUCAGCAAUGUCUCCGCCUAUCUCGGCCCCGACGUUGGCAAACACCUUGGCUUUUGCAUCAGGGACAUGGAUGCCGAGUGGAAUGCGGCCUUCAAUUUCUCCAAGAACUCGCAGUUCUUGGGUGAAUGUCUGAAAACCGACAGGGAUGCCGUGCAGAGGUUGUGUACGGCGGCUGAAGUGAAGUUCUAUGGGGCGAGUCUAAUAGAGAGCGCCCAAAGUGGGGGUACGGGUGGUGGUAACUACCUAAAACCCAACAAGAACUGUAACUUGUCUUCAUGGUCCUCGGGCUGUGAACCCGGUUGGGCGUGCAGUGCCGGGAAAGAAGCGAAAGUCGACCUUAAAAACUCAAAGGAUAUGCCACUUAGAGACAUCGACUGCCAGCCUUGUUGCGCUGGUUUUUUCUGUCCUCGUGGUCUUACCUGCAUGAUACCCUGUCCGUUGGGAUCAUAUUGUCCUGUUGCGAAACUCAACAAAACUACAAGUGUUUGCGACCCGUAUCGGUAUCAACUGCCUCCAGGGAUUCCGAAUCAUACUUGUGGUGGAGCAGAUAUAUGGGCAGACUUCUUGAGUGGUAAAGAGAUAUUUUGUUCGGCCGGGUUUUACUGUCCCACGACCACCCAAAAGAACCCCUGCAGUAAAGGACAUUUCUGCCGAGCUGGUUCUAUUGCUCAAACAAGUUGCUAUCAGCUGGCCACUUGUGAGCCGCAAGCGGUAAAUCAGAACAUUACAGCCUAUGGUCUUAUCUUCUUCGGCGGAAUCACCCUAGUCCUCCUCAUCAUUUACAACUGCUCAGGCCAAGUCCUGAGCACCCGUGAGAAAAAACAGGCAAAAUCCCGAGAGGCUGCAGCCCGGAGUGCCCGGGAGACCGUUCAGGCCCGUGAGAAAUGGAAAUCGGCCAAAGAGGUGGCUAAAAAGGGUGCAAGCGAGCUGACCUCCCAGCUCUCGCGCACCUUCUCCCGCAAAAAGUCCGUUGCUCACGACUCCUCCAAGACGGCCUCCGGCAUCCCAAAGCCCGAGUCGAAAGACAAGAAGAAGAAAGAAAGCAACCUCACGAAAAUGAUGCGUGACCUCGAGGAGAACCCGGACAACGAGGAAGGCUUCAACGUGGAGAUCGGUGAUAAAAACUUGAAAAAAAAUGCGGCCAAAGCCAAGCAGCUCCAGACCCGGAGCCAGAUUUUUAAAUAUGCGUACGGCCAAAUCGAGAAGGAGAAGGCCCUCCAGGAGCAGAACAAGAAUUUGACCUUUUCCGGUGUUAUAUCGAUAGCCACGGACUUGGAGUUCACGAGCAGGCCCCCAAUCGAGGUGUUUUUCCAGGACCUGACGCUAACGUUGAAGGGCAAGAACAAGCAUUUGCUGAGGUGUGUGACGGGAAAGCUGGUGCCGGGACAUGUUUCAGCCGUGAUGGGCCCAUCCGGGGCAGGGAAGACCACCUUUUUGUCGGCCCUCACAGGGAAAGCAACAGGAUGUAUUAUAACGGGCUCGAUUCUGAUCAACGGGAAGGAUGAGCCAAUGCAGUCGUACAAGAGGAUCAUCGGGUAUGUGCCGCAGGAUGAUAUCGUGCAUGGGAAUCUCACGGUGGAGGAGAAUCUUUGGUUCAGUGCUCGGUGCAGGCUCCCAGCGGAUAUUGGCAAAGCAGAGAAAGUGUUAGUAGUGGAGAGAGUAAUCGAGUCCUUGGGUUUGCAGCCCGUAAGAGACUCAUUGGUAGGAACAGUAGAGAAACGAGGGAUUUCUGGAGGUCAAAGGAAAAGAGUAAAUGUGGGGCUUGAGAUGGUUAUGGAACCUUCUCUCUUGAUCUUAGACGAGCCCACAUCCGGUCUCGACAGCUCUUCUUCAUUGCUACUGCUCAGAGCCCUCCGUCGUGAAGCUCUGGAAGGAGUGAAUAUUUGCAUGGUGGUUCACCAGCCAAGCUACACCUUAUUCAAGAUGUUUGACGACCUGAUCCUCCUAGCAAAGGGCGGGCUAACGGUGUACCACGGGCCUGUGAAGAAGGUGGAGGAGUACUUUUCGGGCCUUGGAAUCGUGGUCCCCGAGAGGGUGAACCCCCCGGACUACUUCAUCGACAUUCUUGAAGGGAUCGUGAAGCCUCCUGCUGGGUCGGACGUAAAGUUCAAAGAGCUUCCUCUGAGGUGGAUGCUCCACAACGGGUAUCCUGUCCCCCCUGAUAUGCUCGACUCCGCUGGGGUUCCAUCCGCCUCACCAGAGGACUCAGCCCACGGCCCCUCUGCCAAACCCGACUCUGACCAGUCCUUUGCUGGAGAGCUCUGGCAGGACCUCAAGUUCACGGUGGGCCAGAAGAAGGAUCACAUCUUUCUCAAUUUCAACAAGUCCAUGGACUUAUCCAAUAGGAAAACCCCCAGUCUCCACCAGCAGUAUAAGUAUUUUGUCGGCAGAGUUGGAAAGCAGAGACUUCGAGAAGCCAGAAUACAAGCUGUGGAUUAUCUGAUCUUGUUAUUGGCCGGAAUCUGCUUAGGGACGCUUGCCAAAGUGAGUGACGAGACCUUCGGCUCCACCGGAUACCUUUACACCGUCAUUGCUGUUUCCCUACUGUGUAAAAUAUCUGCCCUGAGAUCAUUUGCUCUGGACAAGCUGCACUACUGGAGGGAAAGCGCAUCCGGCAUGAGCAGCCUGGCUUAUUUCCUGGCAAAGGAUACGAUCGACCAUUUCAACACCAUAGUGAAGCCCGCCGUCUAUUUAUCAAUGUUCUAUUUCUUCAACAAUCCACGCUCCACCAUUUUUGACAACUACCUCGUCUUGCUUUGCCUCGUCUACUGUGUUACCGGCAUAGCUUACGUUCUUGCCAUUUACUUCGAACCUGGUCAAGCGCAGCUCUGGUCGGUGUUGCUUCCUGUUGUUUUGACCCUAAUUGCCAACCAAGAGGGAGACACGUUCGUCACGAAAUUAGGAGACUUUUGCUAUACAAAGUGGGCUUUGGAGGCAUUUCUUCUGACUAAUGCUGAGAGAUACUCCGGAGUGUGGCUAAUUCAAAGAUGUGGGGCGCUAAGACAAAGAGGUUACCACCUUGAUCACUACUAUCCUCGUCUGGCAUUCCUUCUUGCCACUGGCAUACUCAGCCGAACGCUGGCUUUCUUCUGCCUGGUCAUGUUCCAGAAAAAAUGA